AUGGAGUGUGUCUGUGUUGUGUUUAACAGGACAUUGUAUUCAGCCAUAUGUGCAGAGCUGGCCUCACAGGGCUUUGUUGUUGCCGCGGUGGAACACAGAGAUGAAUCAGCAUCUGCAACAUUCUACUACAAGGAGCAGAGUGAGGCACAAACAAAACCUCCUGGAAAGCGUGAAAACUUCCGGCCUGUGUCCGACAAUCUGGAAGAGCAGUGGAUGUACUACAGGCCACUAAAAACAGGAGAGCGGGAAUUCCCUCUUAGAAACAAGCAAGUGAAACAAAGAGCAGAUGAAUGCAUCCGAGCGUUGGAUCUUCUUUUUGACAUCAAUGCAGGGAAGUCUGUGGAAAAUGUCUUGGAAUCAGAGUUUGACUUUACAACACUGGAGAAUGGUAUGGACCUAUGUAGAAUAGCAAUUAUGGGUCAUUCUUUUGGUGGAGCCACAGUGAUCGAGUGUUUGUGCAAGGAAGUCAGAUUC